AUGAAGGAUCGCGGCAAUGGUGGAGGCAAUAGUGGGUUUAUCUUCGAGAUAACUGGGAUACUGUAGAUUUAAGUGCGAAUUCCUCAAUUUUCGAAAUAAAUCCUUUUGCGGUCACGCAAGUUUGAGACAGCGCUAGAGCGGCCGGUCAAUAUUGUGUCUUAUGUUUCGGAGCCGGGAAAUUUUGGAAACUUUCGAAGUUUUUUUUUCUUUUUUUUGCAAUUCGUUAGCGAGUUUCUUCUCGAAAUUAUAAGAUAAGUUCAUAGAAGGCGCACAAGCCUUCAAUUUUCUUUACCGAAAACCUAUCUUAACCGCGUUCUUACUACUGGCGUUAUUGAGAGUUUGUAGCUUCGUAAAGUUUGUCAAAACAUGGCGGGAAAAUUUUUAUUAAUGUAGGUUUUAUUUUAACUGGAACAUUAGCAGUUUAGAAGUAAGGGAGAAAGUCUAUUCCCAAAAUUUUCAGGAAAAAAAGGCAACAAUAGCAGAAAGGUCAACCAGCGGAGAAAGGCCAGCACGAGUACGGCGGUCGGGGGCGCCCCGCCCACCAGAAUUACUCACUCUUGCGAAUGUUAGGGACUUCUUUCUUUUUCAAGUUGAUUUCAUGCUGAUGAAGGUAGCCACGAAAAAGGGAUCUCAGCGGGUGUGUAUUAAACCUGUAUAAGCGGAGCUGGUGAGACUUUCGACAUUUUGUUGACCACCACUGCUUCCCCUGUUUUAGCAAAACUGAGGAAUGAAUAGCAUCAAGAAACACGGGUUUAACACGGGUACACCCGACUUCUUAUCUUUCAAAAGGAACUCAUUCAGAUAUACUUUUUCAAUUUUUAGUUUUCAUAACUUUUCUCAAAAACCAGUUUUUGAGUUCGUUCACGGAAUCAUUAAAGUUCUUCUUGAACCUAGUCUACUUAGAAUUAGUCUCGAAAAUCCAGAUUUUUUUGUUUCUACAGCUGUCAACUCGGUCGACGAACAGCAGUCUGUGGCUGCGAAAAGCGAGAGGGAUAAACCGGAAAAGCCGCUGGACAAUUCCAUCGUCAGUAUAAUCAUUUUACAUAUUUUGGCAGGGCGUGCUUUACAUUUUACCAUUUUCAGUUCUUUGAAUUUGUACGGAGAGCUCUGGAAAAGAAGCCGAUAGGACUGCGCGCCGAGUUCCUGGCCAUGAAGAGGAGCAAUGAUUUCAGCGUCAUGACCGCUUUUGUCGCUGCUAAUGAGAAGGGCCAGAACCGCUAUAAGGUUUAAAAUUUUCAGCUCUCAAGAGAAAAAUUGAUUGAAAUGCGAUUACUGUACAUUUGAAUUCGUGACGUCGCAUAAUUUGAAGGAGGUCAUAAUAUCUAGAAUCCUGAGAAAAUGGCUUUUUUGGCAAAUGGAUUUUCAAACUUACAUGUUUUAAUAUGGAAAAACAAAUUAACAGGACGUCGGAUGCUUGGACAAUUGCCGAGUGACGCUGGGAACCCCUUGGCCGCACGACUACAUCCACGCCAACUACGUGUCGACGCCGUCGCGGCCCAAGAAGUUCAUCUGCACCCAGGCGCCAAUGGAGAAGACCUGCGCCGAUUUUUGGUUCAUGUGCCUCUCCGAACGUGUCGAGAUCAUCAUGAUGCUGUGCAAUUUCAUUGAAAAGGUGGUUUUUUCUUAGAUGAAACUCGCUGUCGUCGCAUUUGGAAUGGCUCGAAGCCUAACUGCUGCGACGCGGUCGAUCUAACUUAUCAGCUGCUGGAUUUUUUUACAAAAAAAAACCGCGACAACAAAGUUUCAAGUCGGACAAAAGCUUAUUUUAGCUCCAAAAAGGGUGCAAAUGUAAUAAAUUAUUUUCAACUUCGAAGAAUGUGAAGCAGUGAAAAUGUGUGAAAGUUAUGAAAGUAAACUUAAUUUUUGAAAAAAUGAACAUUUAUAUAGAAACUCUCCAAAAUUUUAGGCUAACGGAUAAGUAGGGCUCUGAUUUCUUUUGAUUGCCAAGGCUUCGAACAAGAAUUCGAAGUGAGCAAUGAGAUUAUUUCGCUUUUUUUUUCGAAAAUUUUGCAUUUAUCAAGCUUAAAAUGGAAAAUUAAGUUUUUUCGCUCAUUCCAUAUUUUUUUCUCACCUGUCAGAUUUCUUUUCGGAUACAUUUUUUUAAACCUUUUUUUCAGAGGUUUUUUUAAGCAAAAAAAAUAGGCGUUUCAAGGUUUUUUUUUUGCCUUUUUGCUUUCUUUGGCUAAAUUUAUUUCAAAAAGAAAUAGCAUGUUCAGGGCGCGAAUAAAUGCUGGAAAUAUUUUCCCGAGUAUAAAGAAACGAUGACUUUUACCGAAGGGCCACAGAAAAUCCUUGUCAAGUGCACGCGUGUGAAAAAUGUAGGUCUUAUCGGAAUUAUUUUGAUUUUUCGACUUUUUGAGUUGUCAUGGGGCGAAAGCAAACUAAAAGAGUCGACUUUUUACGUUGAAGGCGUCGGUGUGAGUUUUUUUUUUCCUCUUUUUGUUUCUUCUUUGAAACAGCCGGACCCAUUCGCUCUCUUUUUCUCUUGGCUACGCUCUCUUGAAGAAACUGAAAUUUUUCAGUGACCACUAUAGGGGUUUUUGACGUUUUAGAAGCAACUAUAUUCGCCGAAUUAAUGGCCACUUAAGAGGCGAAAAUCUAGUACCUCUUUAGAGGUCUGCGGUACUACGAGACCACUACAAACUACUAUAAUGGCUAAACGCCAAAUAAUAGCUUCUAGAGAGGUGGUUUUAGUGACGACUUUAUAUAGUUUCCUCUCCAAAUAGUUCUAGAGUGGUAAGUAGAGUUUUUUCUCAGAAGCGCAGAGAAUUCAGUCUCAAGUCGAAGCGAAUGCACUAAAUCUCUGAAAAAUUGGAAAUAAAUUUUUAUGCUCACAGAAGACGAUGAAAAUAAAACAUAUACACUGGAUUGACUGGCCCGAUCGUUGUGUCCCGUCUCCCGAUAUGACUGUCAUCAAAAUUCUGGAUCGUUAUAGAUCUAAGUUGGUUUUUAUCAGUGGCGGUAGGUUUUUUAGGGAUUCCUAAUGACCACAAAAGCCGGGAAUGCUCAAAAGAGGCUUUUUCGACUUUUUUGCAGCCUUGACAUUUAGAAUCGACGAUAUUGCUACAAAAUUGGGCAAAAAAAGCGAAAUGGGUGGAGUAGGGGUCUGUUUGUGCAGCUUUCGAAUGAACAAUUGACCUUUCGAAUUCAAAAGUAAUAUUUUUUCCUGUUUCCAGAAACCCUAUAGUUGUCCACUGUUCGGCGGGCAUCGGAAGGACGGGAAGCGUCGUGAUGAUUGAAUACAUUUUGGAACAGCUCGAAAGUCACGAAAAGAUUACGCCAAGCGACGAGAUUUUGCUCAAAAUCCGGAAGCAGCGAAACAAUAGCGUACAGGUUUCACUUCCGGAUCGAUUUCUUCAAUAAAAAUUUUUUUUCUAAAGACGGAACAUCAAUACCUUUUCGUUCAUCAGGUCAUCCUCAAUUACUUACUCAAAAAGAAAUAUCUUGACGAGGUUUGUUGAUUUUUCAUAAUUAUAAUGUAAUUUUUUUGCAGCACGGUGAUCGGUUGAUUCGCGAAUUUUACGAGGAAUACAAAAAAGUUGUCGUGUGA